AGAUAAAAAAAAAACAUGAGUUUGUUCCGCUUUCUGAGUUAUCCUCAAAUUUGUAGGCUUCAUCUUAGAGAGCGAGAGAGAGAGAGAGAGAUGAUUCUUCCUCACGCCCAAUUUCUGAGCUCCCCGCCCCCAAUUCUGAUUCUCCCCAAAACCCAAUUUCUCAAACCUUGCCUUUCUCUCCCUGCACCACCCUCCUUUACAAGGCCAUUAAAUAUCAACCGAUCUGCCUUGAAAUGCAGAGCGGCUAGCAUAGUUUCAGAGCCUCCGCAAUUGGAGUUGAGCGACCCCAAUCGCAGGCCUUUCCCAGCUGAGAUUACAAGAACUGUCCUCGAACUAUCGAGCGUCGGUACUCUUUCCACUCUCAGUCAAGACGACGGCUCUCCUUUGGGCUUCGGCGUUCGCUUUGCUCUCGAUUUCAAUGGAACUCCCAUCUUGUGUUUGAGCCAUGGAUUUUCUGCUGAUACGAAGAGGGCCUGCAGUCUUCAUGUUAAGUUGGAGCAAUGCGGAGUGCGGACGCCUCAGUGCACAAUUGUUGGGAAUCUUAAUAAACCCGGUGAUGCGAUUGCUUUGAAGAAACUCUGUUCGGCGUGGAAGAAGCAGUUUAAUGAGGAAGUGGAAGAAAGCUGCGUAUAUGUGAUUGAUGUUGAACGAGUUCUUCAGAUAGAAGAUUAUGGUGAGGAUGGUGUUUGGGUGAGCUCAUCGGAAUAUGUAUCGGCUGAACCAGAUCCACUUCGAAACUCUGCAGAGAAGAUAGUGGAUGAGAUUAAUACUAACAAUAGAGAAGAUGUUCUUCGCUUCUGCAACAUUUAUGCGGACUUAGAUUUCCAGGUAGUGGAUGCGAAGAUGGUGUGGGUUGAUCGACUAGGGUUUGAUGUGCGUGUGACAUCAGUGCAAAAGGAUGUAUAUGAGGUACGGAUACCUUUUCCAAGAGAAGUGGGAGACGAGAAAGGCGCAAAAUCAUCUUUUAAUGGUAUGUCUCAGCUUGCAUGGGAAGUGGAAAAGAAUUUCCAUGCUCUCGAGUUCAAGAAGGUAAAACAUGUAAAGAAAGUUGGAAAUGCAGUUCAAACGUAUUCAGUGUAGAGAAGUGUUCUUUUUUUAUCUGUAGCCACAUCCCAGUUUCUGAAGAGUUGAUAAUGUUAGCAUUUGCAGCAUUAUAUGUCCAUGUUCAUUUAAGAAACAUGCACAGAUAGAGGAUAUGUCAGCUAGGAAAAACUGAGCGAGAGCAGUAAAUGACACAUAACUCCUCUUAUAUUGUUGUGAUUUGUGUGCUUGUAAUCCAGAUUAAACAGUGGAAAUCUAGUUUUGUAUUUUGCCAAGUUGGUUAUGGAUUUGGUUUCCUGUUAA